UUUUUGACGUCGUUGUGUUUAAACAUGAUUUAGCUGACAAAAACUGUUAACAUUCCAAGUAGAUGAAUUUUAAAUAAAAAGAUUUCAAUCAACUUUGUUACGUCGUUGUUAUAACGAAAGAACAAAUUAUAUAAAUUAUUCAUCAUGGAUAAAGCUAUUUAUCUACAAAAUGGAAACUCCUCAUUAAAAGCUGAAACGUUUUUUACUAGACCAAGUUUGUACAUUAAUCGAGAAAUUCUGUUAUGUCAAGACAAAGAUGAAACACUAUGUCAACACCAACUAAACAAUCCCAUUGAAAAGUCUAAAAAAAAGAAACAAGAUACCAAAAUACGAUUACAACCACCAAACUUUGAAAUGAAAAGUUUUUCCGCUUUGCACUCUUUUUUUAACAAAUCUCAAGUUAUAUCUGAAAGAAGAAGCUUAAGCGUCGGAGAUUUGAGCUCUUGUGAGCUUUUUCUUAGUCAAAGUAUGUGUGUAGAUACUCUUAAAGAAGGAAAAAGUUGCGUAUUAAAUAGCAGGCGCAACGCAAUAAAUUUGGAUUUUAACAACAACAAUGAGUAUUUGACGGAUCUAGUAGAGUUUAAAAUAAAAUACGAAAACAAACUAUCAGUGAUUGAUAUUGCAAAGCAAGAGGAGAUUUUUGUAAAAAAUAGUAAAACCAUAAAUGGCAGAUAUCGAUCCUUAACUGAUCUAAAAAAUUUCAUGUGUUUAUCAGAUCUUAAAACUAAGCAACAUCAAAAAGACAUUUUGGAAAACUAUACAGCUAAUAACGUAACCUUAAUGAAAGAUACUGUAAACAAAUUAUUCAAAAUAAAAGAAAUUUAUUUUGAUAAACAAGGAAACGUUAUAAAAAACAUAGAAAUACAAAAACUGCCCGGACAGCCAUUAGGUUUUUAUAUUCGAAUAGGAAACGGUAUUGAAAGAAAUCACAAAAGUAUUUUUGUUUCUAGGGUUACCUUGGGAAGUUUUGCUGAUCGUAACAGUUUGCUUUAUGCCGGAGAUGAAAUUUUAAGUGUAAAUCAGCAUGAAAUUAAAGGACUAUCUUUGGAAGAAGUUGUCUCCAUGAUACAAAAAUCCAACACCUUAUGCAUAGAAACAAAAUCGUCUAUGCCUUUACUCAUUUAUUCGAAACCAAGGUUGCACGAAAACGAUACUAAAACUCAUUUGCAGUCAUCCUAUAACUCCACUGAAAAUUUAUUAGAUGAAAUCCAGACAAAAGAUGGCUUAUUUUGCAGUUUAACUAAAGAUUUCGAAAAAAAGAAAGUUGCAUUCGAUCAUAGUUUAGAGGUAUUAUUUAAAAAGCAAAAAUAUUUUGCUGAUAAUGCGGCAUUUAAAACGAUAAGCGAAAUUAAAAAUACAAUGUCGAUGAAACUUAAACCAGAGAAAAAUCAUUCAAGACCUAAACAAUACAUAAUUGAUUUACUGGCAACACAACUUGAUCCCAAGGGGUUUAACAAAGUAAGAGAUACUUCAUCAUUUCCUGAUAUUAACAAAGAUAUUCGUAUUUAUAAAAGCGAUCAAGUAGAUUUUGUGCAAAGAAAAAACUUUACUGGAAGUCUUAAUGUAUCUUUAUAUAAUAUAACCAAUUGCCAAGAUGAAGGUUAUUUUUCAUGCAGUAUAGAAAUCGAUGGGGAAACAAAAGCAAAAACUUCAGAAAAAAUUAUGAAAAAAGAUCUUAUAAUUGAGGAAUCAUUUGAAAUAGAAAUAAAUGAAGCUUCCUUAGUAGAACUAAAUCUAUUUUCAAAUGAUAUAAAAAUCGAUACAGGUAAAAUAUAUUUACGAAAGUUGUUGGCAUAUGAAAGUAAAGCUCAAGUAUUAUUGAUAACUGAUGAGUUUGGUUCAAAGUUGAAUUUGUCCAUUGAAUUCAUUGGUAUUGACAAUUUUUUAAAACGCACACCAUCAAAACGUUUUAAAGGUCUGUUUGGUUUUACUAUCGCACAAACUUUGAUUGAUGAUGGAAAUACCAUCCCGCUUAUUGUUAGGAAAUGCGUAUAUGAAAUUGAAAUGCGUGGUUUUUCUCUAGAGGGUAUUUAUCGUAUCAGUGGAAAUGCGAGAAAAAAAAAAAUUCUUAGAGCCAUAUUUGAAGAAAAAAAUAUAGAAAAUUACAGUAUUGAUGAGUUUGAUUGCCACGUGAUAUCAGGCGUUCUCAAAGAUUACCUAAGAGAGUUGCCUGAACCUUUGAUUCCACAAAACCUUUUUUUUAAGUUAUACGAAAUGUCACUUCAAGGUAAUAGAAGCAGUUCUUACGAUACGGCUCUAUUCGACAUAAUAAAAAAUGUGCAUUACUCAAACAGAGCAACAUUAAUUUAUAUUAUGGAGCAUUUGUUAAGAGUUGCUUCGAGAAAAGACGAAAACAAAAUGGACUUUAAAAAUAUAGCUGUAUGCUUUGGUCCAGUAAUGAUGUGUCCUCCGGCUAAAACAUCUGAAAUGCUAGAUUUCAAGAAACAGGUUGAUGCGUUAGAGUAUCUUCUUGAAAUUUGGCCAAAAUCAUCCAACCAAAAUCAAGUUUAAUCAAUUGUUACGCAAUAUAAGUUAUUCAAUUGUUUCAAAACUAAAUUACUUAAUUGCAUUAAAACUUAAUUGCUUGGUUACUAAAAUACUAAAAUGCUGGGCCGUUAUAAAAUUUAGUUACUUGUUUGUUACUAAUUACUCAGAUACUGAGAAAACUGUCAAGUUGAAACAUUGUAAGAAAUAUUGUAUUGUAAGAAAUUUAGUUUUAUAGCAAUGAGUUAACUCAUUGCUAUAAUACUAAACUUCUCAGUAACUACGACACCUAAUUACUCAAGAUAUAAAACUAAAGUGUUAGGCUGCUUUGAAACAUAACUAGUCAAUAGCUUCUACAAAGCUUAACUGAUCAAUUGUUUUAAAUUGACAGUUUUCUAUGAAGCUUUAUUUGCAUAAAUUAAAAAAAUUAAAUGAAAAAAUAUGAAAAAAAAAUCAUAAACUACUUUAUUAGUUUAUGUUUAGUUCAUUAUA